CCCCACUCCUAUUUAUAUACAAAACCCUUUUCAUUCUCAUACCAUCCUCACCCACUCACUCUUCUCCAAUGCCUGCCCACGCGCCUCCAAUCAACAAACACUCUCCGCCGCCGCCCAAAGAGGUCCAUUUCAGAGGCGUCCGCAAGCGUCCCUGGGGCCGCUUCGCCGCCGAGAUCCGCGAUCCCUGGAAAAAGACCAGAAAGUGGCUCGGAACCUUCGACACCGCCGAGGAAGCCGCCAGGGCCUACGACACCGCAGCAAGAACGCUCCGAGGGCCCAAGGCCAAAACCAACUUCACCUACGUCGUUGCUCCUGCGAUUUUCGCUGCCCCUGAAUCUCAGGCCCCAGCCCAUGACCCGCUCGCUAGACCGGUCGAGUUCUUCGGCCUUCCCUUGUUCUUCACCACGGAUGCAGAUUCCGGGGCGCCGGUGAGGUCGGAGUACAAGGGCUACAAAUUGGAGAACAUUGCCGGAUUUGUGGUUACCAAGGAAGAGAAGAAGAAGCCGUUUUUGUUCGACCUUAAUCAGCCGGCGCCGCUCUUCUGAAGCGGCCGGCGGAAAACGUCGGCGGCGAUGGCCUAGUGUUUUUCUUUUAUAUAUAUUUUCUUUGAAUUUGUUUAUAUGACUUAUUUUGGGUGCUACAUGCCAUUGUUGUGAUGUUGUACAGUUCAGGUUAUAGGUUUUGAGCAACAUUUUGAUUAUUGCGGUAGAAACCAGCUGGGGAUAUGUUUAAAGUUUAUUUAGCU